GUCCAUGAGAUGAGUACUAGUGAGUAGUGAUGAACAUAGAGUUAGAGAAAAAGAGAUAAAGAAGAAGAUAGAAAAUAUAGAAGAGGUAUAGACAAAGGGAGAAACGUUCUUCGUGAGAGUCAAACGAACAGAAGAACCAGAGGCAUUUUGCUUUCACUAUUGAUUCACAAAGCUCACAUCUAAAGCUCUCUCUCUCUCUUCUUACUCUUCUCGCUUUUGUCACCACAACAACUAGUCAUGCAAUGAAAGCACACAAUAUGACCGGAGAGGAAGGUCACUAAAAGAAAAUAGGCAACGCGGCCGGAGUUAUCAAAAGCUCAAGACUUGAUGGUAACUAGGAUUUUUAAAUUAUGGAUAUUGUAAAUUCAAGAUUAGGGUUAGAGAAGGAGCUAUGUCGAAUUUUGAAAUGGCUGGGACAGGAUCAUCAAGAAACAACGAAGAAGACAAUCAACAAAACACAAAUUGGGUUUGGUACAAACACACCAAUAAUAACCUAAGUACGAGCCACAACAAUCAGAUAUGGCAGCAGCCAAGCCUCGAUCUAUAUCCGGGUCAGAUCGACGUCUGUGAUAUGACCACGUCAUCGAGAUCUCUAACGAUAAGCUGUCAAGAGUGUGGAAACCAAGCCAAGAAAGGGUGCACGCACGGGCGGUGUAGAACUUGCUGCAAGAGUAACGGACUCCACUGUCCCACCCACGUGAGGAGCACGUGGAUCCCCAUUGCCAAACGCCGUGAGCGGCAGCAGCAGCUACAGACGCCAACCUCCAACCCAACCGGCGGUAGCGGCAGAGUUGGGAAGUAUAGAGACAUUAAUCAACAUGCUACUUUAGACUCAUCAGGGUUAGAGAUGGGAGAGACAAGAUUUCCAGAUGAAGUGAGCUCGGAUGCACUUUUCCGAUGCGUCAGAAUGAGUGGUACCGAUGAUGGAGAGGGCCAAUACGCAUACCAAACGACGGUGGGCAUAGCUGGUCAUCUCUUUAAAGGAAUUCUCUAUAACCAAGGUCCAGAAAACAAGUCCAUGCGCAGUACACAAUUCUACGAGAACCCACCAAGAUCUUAAUUUUUUUUAUAUCUUCUUUAUUUUUGUCGUAUGCAAUAAUCUCUAUUAAAACUUUGUUGAUUCAAGAUUAUCCAAAACUCAAUACUUUACAGAUGAAGUAACUCGGUAAAUCGUUAUGUUAGAGAGAAUCUGUUUAAACAUUUGUUUAUAAUUUUAAGAAGGUGGAUAAAUGAACAUA